AUGGCCACUGUCACUUUGAAUAAGACGGCCUCCGAUCAGGUGUCGAAGGCCGGUGAACACCCCAGCGACGCCACCACGCAGAUGGCGAUCAUGUCAAUCUCAGAACAUGGAGCAAAGAAUCCCAACCAGGAGCACGAGGCCAAGAAGAAAGUCCUGGUAGACUAUUUGAGAGAGGCAUCCCCAGAGUUUGCAAAGCUCGACGCGCUGCGCAAGAAGGCAAGUGAUCGUUUCUCUGACCCAGGCGUUCUAGACAUGAUGAAGAGGAUCGGCAAGGAGAUGCAAAAGUGCACCGGGGCGCUCAAGGUCAAGACGGCCGGCUGGGGUAAGCCGCAGAUCCUCGACAUGGGCAUGGCACCCGGCGGCUUCCUCGCCGUGGCCAUGGAGCUCAAUCCGGGCGCCCACGCAAUGGGCUUCAGCCUGCCCGAGCCCGCAGGCGGCCACAAGGUGAUGCUGCCCGACGACGCCAACAUUGACCGCCGGGACCUGGACGUCACGAUGCUUGCGGAGGACCUCGGCUUCACAGAGAUCCCCUCGAACAACCCGGACGCCGGCAGAAUCGUGCCGCGGCAGUUCGGCGCCAACCAGCAGCAGUUCGACCUCGUCAUCUGCGGCGGCGCCGUGGUGCGCAAGCAGGAGCGCGCCAGCUACCGCGAGGCCUACGAGGCACACCGGCUGUCGGCGAGCCAGCUCGCGCUCGGCCUCGAGCGGCUCCGGCCGGGCGGGACGAUGGUGGUGCUGUUCCACAAGGUCGAGGCGUGGGGCACGGCGAGGGAGCUGUACGCGUUUGACGGGUUCUCGCGCGCGCGGCUCUUCAAGCCGACGACGGGCCACAACAAGCGCUCGUCGUUCUACAUGGUCGCCACCGACGUGCAGAGCCGACACCCGCGGGCGCUGCGGGCGGUGGCGCGGUGGAAGGGCAUCUGGGAGGCCGCGACGUUCCGGGCGGAAGGGGAGCUGCUGAAGGCGAUGGGGUCAGGCGAGCCCGGCGCGGAGGAGCUGCUGGAGGAGUUUGGCGAGCAGAUGGUGAGGAGGGGGAGAAAGGUGUGGAAGAUCCAGGCGGAUGCGCUCGAGCGUGCGCCGUUCAUGAAAGACAAGCGAGACGGAUCGGACAAGGUAGCAUGA